GUGUGUGGUGUGUGUGCUGUGUGUGUGUUGCACUUGGGAGCUACAGCACCAUAUGGCGUGUUACUAUAUUGUCAUCAGCUCCACACACCUUAGCAAUGGCCAUUUCAGAAACAUCAAGGGAGUUUUCCGGGGACCACUCUGCAAGAAUGGAAACAAGGCACUGGACUACGCCGAAAAAGAGAAAGCAAUAGCAAAGGCAUUGGAGGAUCUGAAGGCCAACUUCUAUUGUGAAUUGUGUGACAAACAGUAUUACAAACAUCAAGAGUUCGAUAACCAUAUAAAUUCCUAUGAUCAUGCACACAAGCAGAGGCUGAAAGAGCUCAAGCAGAGAGAAUUUGCCCGGAACGUAGCUUCUAAGUCAAGAAAAGAUGAAAAGAAACAGGAAAAAGCUCUUAAACGUUUAUAUGAACUAGCCGAACUCAGGAAGCAAGUUGGAUGUGCCCCAGGGAGUGGUCCGAUGUUCAAGUCCACAACUGUUGCUGUUGCGAACGCCUCGAGGGAAAAUCAGCGGCGUGCCAGCAUGGAUCCUGGAAGAGCGAGCAUUAAAUCAACAGAUCCUGAAACUGGCAUUGCAGGCAGCAUAGUCGAAAUCAGUGGAGGAAGCAGCAUACUAUCCCCGAGAAAUACAACUGACAUUUGGAAGACUCAACAUUGUAAGCAGGGAAAACAAAGCUGUGGACAGAGGAUAGGAUUCUCCUUUUCCUUUCCCAAGAAGGUUCCUGUCAAACUGGAAUCUUCGGCAGCUGUUUUCUGUGAGAACAGUGAAGAAGGACCAAAUAGAAAAAGCGUAAAUCAUAAGCGCAAAGUCAACUGCAACGCUUACAAUACUCCGAUGGGUUCAGGAACAGAAGCAGUUGUUGGUUUACAAGCGAAGACAGAGAAGGGUAAGAACCAGCAAGAAAUUAGUAUUGCCAGCAAUGGAAUGGAGUUGGUUAAAGAGUCACAGGAUUUAACUGUAAAAGCUCGCAGCCCUGCAGGAGAACCCUACUUGUAUUCCUAUUCAUCAGGGCUCCAAUGCAACAAUAAGCCAAAGCUUCCACUCUUAGCAUUUCUGCCACUGGCAGAACAAGGCCAACUCCACGAAAGUAUGAACAAGGAAGAAACCUCUUCAGAGAGCGACGUGAAAACAUCACAGUCCAAAUGCUUUGAUUCUGUCGAGGAGACAAAUGAAAUUUAUAAUAUCUUAAGUAAUGAAAGUUUAAAGUCGUUAGUAAAAGUCAAAGCGUGCAAACUCUCUCAAGAUGGUAAUGUCACUGAAGAGCUCCCUUGCAGCGUUUUCAAGUGUUGUUCUUUACAAGCGCAGACUGAAAACAUGGGCACAUCUUGUGCAUGCAAGAGACCCACCUCACCGUUCUUUCCAGUGCUGAGCAAAGAUGGGUCAACUGUCCUUCAAUGGCCCUCUGAGAUGUUGCUUUCUACCAAUACACAGCCCUCCAUAACAUAUUGCUGCAACCCUUUGUAUUUUGACUUCAGAUCACCCAGAACUAAAGAGGGCAUAGAGGAAGUUAUAUCUGAAGAAAGUGAGUUAAUGGAGUUCAAGACACCCGUUGAAGAUCUGAGCAGUCUUGAGGCUGGUGUUGAAAAGGAAUUUGCAUGCAGCCUUUUGGAUACCCCACAAGAUUGCUCCAAUUUUGAUGCAGAUGGCACUGUCACUGGGAAUGAAGUUGAUCAGACAGUUCAAAAGCACGACUGUGAAAGGACUCAGUUCAUUGCUAACACACUGAAAGCCCACUGUGAGGGAAGUAAUCUACAUGAGUCCAUACACCAAAUGUUAUCCUAUUGCAAAUCUAAAAAACACAAAAAGGCUUGCAGACAUUCAAACCGCAACCAUAGGAGAAAAGAGAUAGAAAAAGAAAGUCUUAAAAACUGGAAAGUGGGGAAUACACACUGUUGCAAAGAGCAAAACAUGAGAAAAGCAUCGCUUGAGUGGAAAAAUAGAGAAAAGGUAAAGGUAGAUGAAAAUUUUAGCAGCUCAGGGAUGAAUGAACUCUCUGAUGAAGAAAAUAUCACAGACGCGUCAAAAUGUCGACGUGGGCAAGAACAAACAAUGCAAAAAAUGUCAGUGAGUUGCACAGAGUACUUUGAAGUCCAGUGUGGUGAAAAUAAGGAGGUAACAGAAAAAUUGGAUAAAAAUCUGAAAAAGAUUGCCUGUGGCAAUCGAGCAAAAAGAGACACUUUGAAAAGUAAACACAGGCAAGUGGUACAUAGCAAGAAUUAUGAAACGAGGAAACAAAGAGAAAGUAUUGAGAAUGAUGGGGAACAUGAGAAUUCCUUUACAGACAGUGUGAGAAAGAUUUGUGGACAACAACACUGUUCACUGUCCAGGACUUCAAGAGACAUGCACUCAGCAUAUUCUCAGGCUUGUUCUUACAAAAGUCGGCAAAGAGGUCGAGAUAUUGGACCUGAUUCUUUAUCAGACACUGAUACAGACACCGGGCCAUACAAUGCUGAACGGCAGUCGGUAAAGAGAGGGUACUCCUCUCUGAAUGGCGAGACCAUAAUACCUCAUCACAAACACAAGCGACAUAGACAUUCCUCAUCAUCAAACAAAGAGCACAGACAAAGUCCGAAUUCCUGCUACCGAAGUUUCUAUUCAGAUUAUAUCCAGAGCUUGGGAAAAGAAUCGCCUCUCCCGAAAAAGGAACAAAGUCAUAGUAAUAAAUCAAAGACCAAAAUAUCGGCGAGAGAAAAGAGUAGGUGUUUGACACCGGAUGAGUUUCAGCAUUGCGACCCUUCAUGUCAAAAGAAGCUCCUUGGAGAUUCUGAACCAAAUGCUCAAAGGCAAGAUAAGAAUAUUAGAAACAUCUCUCAUACUCCUGUAGAGCAGACAGAGGAAGGUCACAGUUCAGUACACACACCGUCAACAGAAACAUUUGCAGAUGAUUACCAUUCAGAGAUAAGCAACCAUUUGCUGAAUUCGAAAAUGACAAUGAGUGGACAUGAAUGUGAUGAACGUACAAAUAAUCCCAAAUAUUCUUCUGAGGAUAUUUUAUUUCCUGGACUUUCAUUUGUGCUCCGUGAUGCUUCUGUUAAGCUGCACAGUGAAGAGGUAUCAACUGUGAAGACCCUACCACAGGGAGAUGCAAUUUAUCACAAGGAGAUGGACUCAUACAGCAAUAACGUUACAGAUGUGGAGACAUCACUAAAUGAAGUACAUGUCCGUCACUAUGAAACGCUGUCUGAAGAACGUGCGGGAAGAACGGAACGGCUUCGAGUUGCUCCGAAUGUUGUGCCCUCCAACAGCCACAGAGCUUCUCAGACUGAGGCACCGGAGAGCACUGAUUGUGAACAGCCACAGACUGAGCAAAUCCACAAAGCUUUUUCCCCACUCUCCCAGACAAUAUCAUUCACCCCAGAGGAAGCCGAGAAGUACAAGCAAUUGCAGAUUCAAGCGCAGCAGCACAUCGAGCAGCAGAGGCUAGUGAGCAAAGUGAAGGGUGCCUUGCCUGCUCCGGCCAUUACUGCAGCACUGGCCCCACAGCAGCCUAUACAUCUCCAGCAGUCUGUCACCACGGCAUCGAUUACAACCAUUCAUCACACGAUACUCCAGCGCCACGCUGCAGCGGCUGCUGGAUCAUUCAUUCAGCCUCACUCGCCGUCUCUCCCACACAUCCACGCUCUCCCAACCCACAUUUCACUAGCCCCUGGCCUCUAUCCAGGAGGUCAUCCAGCCUUUCUAGCAGCUCCUCAACUCCACAUUAUUCCUGCCAGAGUUCUGCAUCCAGAGCAUUUUGCCCUCCAUCCGUUGCCGAUUGCUAGAUUGUUUCCUCCGUUAGUUACCUUGCACUCUCCUGCUAUUCCUCUCCACCCUUUACUUCACCCUAGUUUCGCUGGUCAGGAUUUUCUGUACCUAACCGGUCAGAGCAAAUGAUGAAAUAAAUGUUUACUUGAAUAGCCUGGAAUCCAGGCCUGGCUUUCAAUAUGUCUGUAUAUAAUCGUAACCAAUAUCAAUUUGUGUAAGGGAUCUAUUUUGGGCG